AUUCCAUCUGUUUCUCCUUCACAAAAAUCUUAUCGCCUCGUCCACUCACGGCUAGUUUCCUGCCUGCGUCUACUCUUUUUGAGCCGUGCGGCCGAACCUGCAGCACAGUCCUCAAGUCAGAGCCUUCUCUCCCCUCCAUCUCUUUCCUUUUCUCUUUCCUACCUCACUCGCCUCGCUCGCCUCACUACUCACCAGACAUCACUACCUUGGCACUCAACUCACUCCUUCAAAUUCUGCCGUCUCGCAUCAACAGUCAACUCUUUCAACAAGUUCUAGAUCACUUGCGCAACAGGACAGGUGCCCGAAAUCAUGAGAAAACCCAGUUGUUGAUUGGUAUCGACGUUGAUCUUGUGCAAAGCCUUGUGUCGCCUCGUCUCGCCACAUCACAAGGCCCCAGACCCUGCGGCGCACUAUUGCUGGGUGUCCAUUCUCGGUCAACUCCGCCCGCCCACCCAUCACCCGCGCUCCCCACGCCACACUUCACCCACCACAACACAACCUCGCCCUUCUACCACUUGGACCUUACUUCUAGCUCUAGCACCUAACAGCCGAAGCCAACAUCCUCGUCAUGGCCACCGAAACAAACAUCAACAUCAGUGCCUCUUCUUUACGAGGAAGUCCGUCGGAUCGCAUCAUCAAGCCUCGCCCCCGCAAAGACUCACUGCAGUCCAUCUCGGGCUCCGACACUCACCCGGGCCGUGUAGUCAAGCCUCGCGCUCGAAAAUCUCCGGGAUCUGGUGCCAAAAGAUCCGAACCCGCCAAACGCAAGUUCAUCUGCUCAUUCUCGCACUAUGGCUGUGAUGUCGCAUUGAGUUCCAAAAAUGAAUGGAAACGUCACGUCUCCAUCCAGCACUUGCAACUGGGAUUCUAUCGUUGCGACGUCGGCUCUUGUAACCCCGAUCUCAACCCCAACGUCCCUGGCCAUAAACGGGUUUACAAUGACUUCAAUCGUAAGGAUCUCUUUACUCAGCAUCACCGACGAAUGCACAAGCCCGAGUCCGGACCCGGCUCUGCAACUUUUUCGCCCACCAACGCUGACCCCAAGGAUUGGCGACAAUUCGAGGACAGUCUCGAGGAUGUGAGAACCCGUUGUUGGGUGGAGAAGCGUAAGCCACCGCAGAGGAGUACUUGUGGCUUCUGUGGCAGAGUUUUCGAAGGAGAAGGCAGUUGGAAUGAACGCAUGGAACACGUGGGUGGUCAUUUCUCACGUGACAUUGUCGAGGCUAAGGAAGAGCGCGAGGAUGAGGACCUCACCAACUGGGCAGUACAGGAGAACAUCAUCAAGGAGGGUCCAGGUGGCCGACAUGUGCUCGUCGACCAGCCUCCUGUAUCUGGUGACCGAUCCUACAUGGGCAGAGAUCGCGACACCGCCAUGACUGAUGCACCCACUUCGGAUUCUGCCUCCCGCGAUCCAGAGCAGUCACCGUCGUUGAGCGCAUCCUCACGAAAGCGCGAAUCCGAAGCUGGUGACUACUAUGGAAAACCGGACAGUCCGCGUGAAUCGCGCCGCCUCAGUAGUGCUCUCUCCAGCAACGGCACCCCACGCCCAGCGUCGAUCCACCAGCAAGCUCCCAGCUUGACCGCUGGGUUAGCUCUGGCUGCAGCUCAGGCAAACUCGAUCAGCACUCCCGUGCUGGCCCCAGCGCCAUCUCCGCGGUCAGGUCAAACCCCAAGCUCACCUCCAGAACGACGCGGAUAUAACCUCGCGCCGCCACCUCUACAAGGGGCCAAGCUACCCUCAUCACCCCCAGGUCAAGCCGAGGCUGGGAGCGGUGACCGACUCGAGGAUCUCAUUAAUCAAUUGAUCAAGCCGAAACCGCCGAAAACACAUCGUCGCUUGACUUGGAAAUGCGACUGUGCUUUGGAAAUGUCGGUCAACAUUGAUGAGGCCAACCAACAGGCCAUUGCCAGCCUUCAGGAUAUCAGCAUCAUCUGCAGCAAGACCUCAAACCCCUACUUGAAGGUCAGCAAAGCCGGCAACUUUCAGGUGGUGGCGUGUGACGAGCUUGCAAGCUAUAUCUGGAACAACUCAAAGCAGCCUGUGGAAAAACACAACCCUCCGACUGAAGUAACCGUGCCUUGAAGACUUUCUACUUGUCGAGUUUCACAUUGGGGAUCGGCGGAUUUGGGUUUGACGUUGAGUCGACGUGGGCUAUGUGCACUUUUUACAUUACGAUCGACUUGUAUGCAGCGCCAUUACGACGGCUGCACAUGUGCCUGGUGGAGGACCAGGCAUCCCUGAGUGAAAGCAAGGGAGAUUUCUAUGGAGCUCAAUGCGAGAACGGAGUGCCUCAGGGCAACGAACACCACCGACAACAGGGUAUUAUGCAUGACAUCAAAAGUUUCUAGGGAGGACACUCAUCACUUGAUUUGCAGUCAUUGUAUUGAGUAGGCAAUUAGAACCACGGUUAGCAUGAUGAUUGCUCAACACAGUGGCAGCAACAGGAAAUCUAUGCACGUGAUGAAACACAACGUGACUUGAUUCUGG